AUGUGUCAGAAGCCAAAAGAAAAGGUUAAUUGCCAGUAUUGUAACUUGCCCUUUAACACACGCAGUAUCGGAGCACACCAAACUUCUUGCCGACGAAAGCAUGAGAAUGACUUGAGUGACAAGGCUUAUGAAAAGAAGUUGAGAAAGCAAGAGAAGAGGAGUGAACGGGAUGGGCUUAUUUUGCGUGGGAGAGAGACAAUCAUGCAAACAAGUCAUCAACUAUUGGAUAUUGAAGCUCUGAAUCAGCCAGACGAAAGCUCAGGAUCUAGAUCAGUCAUGGUCACAGGCAUUGACAGUGAACCUGCUCCUAUAGAAAUUGAAGAUAGUCCUCCUUUAUUUAGCACAGUUGGCAACCCAGAGCCUUACCAGGAUGAUGAGCCUAGCUAUGAAAUUGAUGAUAUCAAGACUGAAUACCAUCCUCACAGUGGCCGACCAACCCAAAUCAAUCAUUUUGAAGAGUAUGGCCUCUCUUCACCCAAGGAACCACUUCCGUUCCAUAAAUAUGGAAAGCCCUGGUACCCUUUUACAACCAGAAAAGAUUUUGAAUUUGCAGAGAUCAUCCUCAAAUCACAGAUGAAGGAGGAGGAUGUUAAUGGAUUCCACCAAAACAUCAAAGAAAUAUGGAAAGAGGCUUCUCAUAUGAUGACUCCAUUUCAAGAGGAUAUUAUCACAGCAAAGUAUCGGACAACUGACAACCACUUCAAAUUCUAUCACCGAAACCUCUGGGAUUGGGCAUUGGAUCUGGCAGGCAACCCCCAGCUUGCUCCACACUUUGAGUGGGAUGCACAGCGGCUAUAUAAGUUUGAUGGGCAGCAUUUUAUCCGAUUCUACCAUGAACCAUGGACAGCAGACAGGUGGUGGAAGAUUCAAUCACGUCUUCCUCCAGAUGGAAAACCAUUUUGCAUCAUCCUUUAUGCAGAUAAAGCAAAACUAUCAUCAUUUGGUACAGAAAAGGCUUAUCCAGUGAUAGCGAGAUGUGCCAAUCUACCUGACUGGAUUCGAAAUGGAGAAGGUAUUGGAGGUGGUCGUGUAGUGGGGUGGCAGCCAAUUGUCCUAGAAGAUGAGACUGAGAAAGGAAAAAAAGCCUAUGUUGAUUUCAAAACAGUUGUCUGGCAUGAAUCUUUCCGGAAACUCCUUGAAUCUAUUCGUGACCAUUCAAAACUUGGAUUCUGGUUCAAGUGUGGUGACGACAUUAUCCGCAGACUUUUCGCCUUGAUUUUGAUUCUUUCAGCAGACUAUGAGGAACAGUGUGUGAUGGCUCUGAUUCGGGGCAAGAUGGGCUUAUGCCCUUGUCCUGUUUGCCUUGUGCCAUUUGACAAGCUUUCUGAUGCUUCUACAAAGUAUCCUCUUCGGACAGCAGAGGAAAGUAAAGCAACAGUUGAUCAAGCAAAUGAAUGUAGGAGAAAGGAUGAUGCUGAAGAAAUCUUGAAGAAAAAAGGGUUGCGAGGUGUACAAAAUUCUUUCUGGGAUAUUGAGAAUUCAGACCCACAUCAUGCACUCUCAUUUGAUCGAAUGCAUAACAAUUCACAUGGACUGGGGGGAAGGCACAUCCUCAAAGUUAUCAGAGAGGAUUACUUGCAAUCACACCGUUCACUAGCUAGCCAAGCUGACUCACAAAUGAAUGCACUUCCUCGCUGGCGCAAUUUGAUCCAUUUUAGCCAAUUUACAUCUGUAAAUUUUACAGAUGCAACGAAAUUUGAGGAUAUCAUGAAGAUGCUUCCCUUUGUGGCACACAAUAUUCUAACAGAAUCUGCAAGUCCAGAAGGAUUUCGUUUGCUGAAAUGUGCACGUGCUUAUCUGAAUGUGGAUAUGUAUGCUGCUCUUGAAGUUCAAACCUCUGAAACAAUUGCUGCGGGGAGGAGAGAGGUAGCAUAUUUUUGUAAAGUAUUGAAGGAAUAUGAAGAGUCUAGAGCACCACCAAAGGAUGGAAAAAGUUUGAAGAACUGGAGUUUCCCCAAGCGACAUGCCCUUGAGCAUAUCUUUGAUGAUAUUGAAGAAAAAGGUGCCACAAAAAAUACAAGUACCAAGCCAAAUGAAAAAAUGCAUGGCCCACUGCGAGAAAUCUAUCUCCGUCAAACCAAUUUCAAGGAUGUUGUUCCCCAGAUUCUAACCUUUGAUCAUUGGCGUCUCAUUUCACUUUGCAUUCGAGAGCGCAUUGAUGUCUAUGAUGCCUCACAUGCUACCUCUAAGACAUCACAGGAGGAAGAAUCUGAGGAAGAAGUACAUAUCAAUCCAUAUAAAAACGGUAAACUGAAGAUUGGAGCAAAACAACCCCCAGAAACAAUUCACAACAUUGAGAUGCAACUCAAGGACACAGAUGUUGCAUUCAAAGACUUUCGAAAAAAGUUAAUUCCUUUCCUCAAUCAAUUCUGUGUUGUCCACAAUAUUCCACGUCCGGAGAACAAAUACUUCACAGUCGAUAAGCAUACGACAAUCACUGAAUUUCGAUAUCUCCACAUUCAUUAUGAGUCUUGUGUGAUAUGGCGUAAGGAGACGGAUCUGCUUCGCUGCAAUCCCUCUUUCAACAAUGCUCCACGCUAUGACUGUGUAAUGGUGAAGAUGUCAACUGCAUCAGAUGUCUUCAUAUUUGCCCGCCUCAUUUUCAUCUUCACAUUCACACUGGCAGACACACCCUAUCCUUUUGCACUAGUUCACCCAUUAGAUGGACCAACAGGACUUUUGAAGCGAAAAGAGCGGGACCUUGGCCUUAUCCAUCUUCGUGCUAAACACCGUCGUGAGGCAGAGUUUAUUCCUGUUGGCUCCAUCAUUCGGGGUGCAUAUAUUGUUCCAGAAUUUGAGAAACCAGAUGAGUAUCACGUUGUUGACACUGUUGAUACAGAUAUGUUUCUCCGACUGCGAAGGGUUGAAGCCUACCGGUUUCUAAACCACUAA